AUGGUACCAUUUAGUAGCGUGGAGGAGUGCAACAAUGAGCUGGUGUCUGGGAGGGCGAGAGUGGUGGUGUCUGGGAGGGCGAGAGUGGUGGUGUCUGGGAGGGCGAGAGUGGUGGUGUCUGGGAGGGCGAGAGUGGUGGUGUCUGGGAGGGCGAGGGUGGUGGUGGAUGAAGACCCUUACCUGGAUUUGUUGACAGCACACAUUUCUGCCUUCCAUCCCACACCCCUCCAUCUUGUGGAGGAGUACAGCAGUGCGCUGGUGACUGGGAGGGCGAAGGUGGUGGUGGACGAGGACCCUUACCUGGACCUGCUGCGAGCCAACCACUGCAGCAUGGCGCAAGUCAAGCAGCCCUACUCCUUCCUCAGCAUGGCAUUCGCGUUCCAAAAAGGCUCCCAACUGCGCAGGGACAUCUCAGCAGCGAUUCUCCACCUCACUAUGACAGGCGAGCUGGAUCGACUGCAGCAGGACUACCUCCUGGGAGGGCCUCGCCAGUGCCCCGACACGCUCAUGCCCGAGGCCCCAGCAGUGCUGGCGAAUGAGAACUUCUGGGGGCUGUUUGUGGGGUAUGCCGUGGUGUCGCUCGCGUGCUGCCUGCUGUACGUCGGGCUGCUGGUGUUCCGCGGUGCCAUGGUGGCGAGGGAGCUGUCGCGGCAACAAGCCAAGUCAUACAAUACAGACAUGGUGGAAUUCGUUCCAGCGAAUCAGCCAGCGAAUCAGCCAGCGAAUCAGCCAGCGAAUCAGCCAGCGAAUCAGCCUGCACACGUGGCGCUGGCUCCUGCCGUUUCCUUCAAGGUUGAUGCGCUAGAUCUUAUAGAGGAGCUUGGAGAUGAAGAGGAGGAUGAGGAUGAAGAUGAAGAUGAAGAUGAAGAUGAAGAUGGGGAUAACUUAUACUCUGCCCAUUUGAAGGGUGACCAUGCUGAUGAUGGGAAUGGUGGGGGUGGUGCGAAGGGGACCAACCAGCAGCAUGCACUGGCAGUUUUGAGUCGAUUCUUUGAGACGCCUCAAAAUUCGCCCAACCUCCGCUCCUCUCUUGCUGUUCACCCCCCACCACCUCCCUCCACAGGGUCAAGAGUGGAGCAAGGAGCGCCACGCACGUGCAUCUGUCCCUGGUAUCAUUGCCUCUACCUCUGGUAUUAA